GGCGCCGGAAGCGGCCGUUCGACGAAGGGACGUCGCGUCGCAGGGUCUAGAGCAGCUGCUGCGGAGCCGCCGGACGGACCGCCUGCACCCGCCUGCCCCUCCUGCCCCGUCUGCCCCGUCUGCCCCGCCAUGGCUGAGAGUGACUGGGACACGGUGACAGUGCUGCGCAAAAAGGGCCCCACAGCCGCCCAGGCCAAGUCCAAGCAGGCCAUCUUAGCAGCUCAGAGGCGAGGAGAAGAUGUGGAGACUUCCAAGAAAUGGGCCGCCGGCCAGAACAAACAGCACUCAAUCACCAAGAACACAGCCAAGCUGGACCGGGAGACGGAGGAGCUGCACCACGACCGGGUCACCCUCGAGGUGGGCAAGGUCAUCCAGCAGGGCCGCCAGAGCAAGGGGCUGACACAGAAGGACCUGGCGACGAAAAUCAACGAGAAGCCGCAGGUCAUCGCGGACUACGAGAGUGGCCGGGCCAUACCCAACAACCAGGUGCUGGGCAAAAUCGAGCGAGCCAUCGGCCUCAAGCUCCGGGGGAGGGACAUCGGGAAGCCCAUUGAGAAGGGGCCCAGGGCGAAAUGAACACAAAGCCUCGAAAUCAGUGCGUUCCGGCUGAGCUCACCUGGCUGGUUGCCCUCGACCACCUGCGGCAGCGCGUUCUCAUCACGCGGCCGAGCGGACCCGGCGGCAGCCCUGCCCGGACCCCUCCACCCACGCCUGCUGUCAGACUAACAAACAGAACCUUGCAAAGUGUCCGCCACUCCUCGUCGUCCCCCCACCCCCCCCCCCAGGCCCCGUCCCUGUCCCGUCCCUCCAGGGGGCGCAGAGCGCUGCCUUCCUCUCCCCUGGCUCUGCCCAGUCGCCGCUGUGGCUCCCGAGGGGACCACCUCCCGCGGGUGGGCGGCCGGACCGUCGGGAGAGGAGCUGCCCCUGCGCCCGGCUCGCGGCGACGGCAAUAAACGUGUGUUGCCCUCCCUG